UCUUUCUCUGUUAUUCUUUAGUUUUCAAAGCAACUUCUUCUCUCUUUUUGAAAAGAAGAAAAUUAAAUAUGAUUGCACUCAAAGCCAUUCGAACUCCAUUCACAGCCUCAAAACUCAAAUCUUUCAACACAGCUAGAUUGUCCAACAACAACAAAAAGAUUUCGACCCUUUGCCUCAGCAAGUCCACUGAUUCCAACUCCGAAGAUCCCUCACCAAAAGGAGAUACUGAGAAGCAAGAACUUCUUGCCCGCAUAGCGCAACUUCAAACUCAGAAAGUUCGCGUUUCCGAGUUCUUAGACGAAAAAUCAUCCUAUCUAACACAGUUUGCAGAAGAAGCUGAAGCUGAAUUUGGCAAGGUUGGAGAAGAAGCUUUGAAAGAACUCGAUGAAGCUGGUGACAGGAUAAUGGAGAAUAUCAAGGGAAAAAUGCAGGAAUUCGAGGAGUCUGCAGAGCAGAACAGGCUGGAGAUUGAGGAGAGUGAAAUCGAGUUAGCAGCACUUGAAGGUCAGAUGGAAGAAGACCGAAAUGAAGGCUUGUUCUUUAAGAACCUGAGGCAGAGGACACCAGAACAGAAAGCGGAAGCUAAGGAGGAAACGAGAAAGAUUAAACAGCUUACGAAACAAAGUGCGGAAUCAAAGAUCAGGAGAAACAUUUACCUUGGGUUGAUUGGGUUGGUAGUCAUUGCAAUUGCUGAUUCUAUCAUCUCUUCAUCGUCCGACUGGCGAAAAGCGGCUGUUCUCGGGGUCAUUUUAGCAGGUUUGAUUUCACAAGUCAUCUAUGAGCAGAGUGUACUGUCAGAUACAAAAGAAACAGGAAAAACUAAGUCGGAGGACAAGAAGUGACUGUAAUUUUCGUAAAUAGAAGAGUAAGUUUAAGCCCCAAUUUUCGGAGGAAUAUAGCAUGAUUAAUAGACCCAAGUAAGAACUAAUGACUUGGGUUUGAUAUAUCAAGACACUUUGCUUUUGCAUCAUCAAAAUAGCUGGUCAUGGUGAUAUGACUGAAAUCACCAAAAACCUUUGUAAAUUAGUUCCAUUUGAUGCUUGUCCAAAUUUCUCUAUGUGAUCACUGUAAAGCUAUCGAAUUAAUAUAGCCAGAUAACAGUCCA